AUGGCUUCAUUCAGCGGUGGAGGUGGUGGCUUUGGCGGCCCUAGAGGUCUUCCCCAAGGGGUGACCCAGGCACAAUUAGACGAAAUCAAGUCCUUCAAUGCAGGUUUGACUCAGGCUGGGAACAAGUCCCGUCCCCUUCGUUCUCGCGGCAGUGGUCUCAACCGUGGCCUUGGAUCUGGUAUUUCACCAGGCCGCGGUGGAAGCUAUAGCGCGUCCAGCACUCCUCGCUCUGGCAGCGGUGCUGGAUAUGGUGGCGGAGCCUCUUACAGCGUUGGACCAAGCACUCCAUUGCCAAUUGCAAAGCCGACUGCUCGAGAAGCAGCUCCAGUUCAUCUUCGAGGCCGCGUCGAUGUCUCCAAGACCCGAUGGGCCAAGUUGGACGACAGUGGAGCCGGUACUUUGGGUAGUCAUACUAUCGGUCCCUUGAACUCUGUAGCAACUCCUCCCAAGUCUCGCAGCAGAUCUCCGACUCGCAGCUCCAUCUUGACCACCCAAUGUUCUCAGCCAAGCCCGCCAAAGCUUCAGGAGCAGCGAGUUCCUACCUUCCAACCAUUGCAAAAUGUCGAGCAAGGCCAGGUUACGCAAGAUCCUCAAUCGACCCCACCAACGUUCCAGCAACAGCCAGCUCCAGUUUUCCAAACUUCGCAGAAUGUCGAGCCAGGUCAAAAUUCAGUCAGUCGCAUUCCGACCCCACCAGGUCGUGUACGUAUUGUCAGCAACUGGAGCCCUGAUGAUCCUUCGAAGCCAUUCAUUCCGGCACAUCUUCGUCAGGAUUCCUGCCGCAAGGCUCUCGAGGAUAUCUCCAAGAUGACAGGUCGUCCAUACUUGGAGAUCACUUCCGAUGGCAUGUCGAUUCCUGCUCAUCCUUCUCAUCUUAUCAACAUGACAAGUCCUGGUUCCACCCUCGCCCCUGUUCCCGUACGCCGUCAGGCGGAUGUCGAUCAACAAAACUGGCUCAACUUGGUCAGCAACAAAAAGCAAGGCACCGAGGCGAACUCGUCUGUUGAUGCGCCCGACAUGGCUGGUAACACAAGCAUGACCAAUAAUACCGCAAAUGCGCAGCCAAUGCUCUUCGAGUCUCGAUGGGCACCUGCUGUUGACACGGCUCAAUCAAACGGUUUUGCUUUCGCGUUCUCUGCUACUCCGGCACCUUCAGCACCGACAACUUCUGGAUGGGGAGCCUCUGUUCAACAGACUGCGUUUCAAUCUCAGCCCACUCUUGCUAAAACUGGCGGUGGAUGGGAUACUGCGGGCACAACUCGAUGGGCUCAAUUGCAACUGGAUGCUGGUUCUGGCAGCGGAACUCUGACUCAGGCUGCUGGUUUCGGAUCGGCCCCAGUUCCUCCAUCCAACACGGGUGAUUUUAGUAACACAACUCCGACUCAAGGUGGCUUUUGUUGGGGUACGGCUCCUACUGCUCCUGUUCAGAAGGCUCAGGCUGCUUCUGGAUGGGGUCAGCAAACUAUAGCUGCGGCUCAACCUAUUCCUGCGAACAACGGUGGUUGGGAUAAUGGAGUUCCUGCCCAGAAUCCUGAUACUCUUGCCCCUACUUCUGGCCAUACUCGGAUUCCAUCACAAUCUACGUCGGAUGUUGAGAUGACUGGCGGCAAUUCCUUACUGGACACACCAGUCGGUGAGCUCAACCUCUCAAAUGAUCCUAUGAACCAGGUGUUAAAUGCAAUGCCAUCUCUGGCGGAUUCUCAAUGGGCUACGCCAAGUUGGAAUGCACCAAAUGCACCCGCUACUGCCUCUGGUCGUCAGUCUCAGGGCCAUGCCCAAAUUUCUACAUCCAACCGCCCAUUCGAGACUGGCAGACAACCCUUGUCCGAGACCGCUCCAGGCGGCUUCUCGUACAACAAUACGCAAAUCAACCAAACCCAUGCGACUCCAGGCAGUGGCUGGCCAAACUCCACUAUUCCUCCACAAGCUCAGCCUUUUGCUGCUCCCUUCAAUGUCGCUGAGUUCAACAAUCGUGUGACACAGGAGCUCAUGCAGGUUUCUAGGAGUGGUAGCACUCUUGCUCAACCUGCUCAGCCUUUGCAACCUGUUCAGCGACCUCAACCUGCUGGUUACGGUCCACCACACCUCCGGAAUGCUCCACAGGGUGUCAACCGAACCAUUCCAGGCCGGCCAACUGAAAACGCUCCACCAAAGAAGGAGGACAAGGUCCAAUACCUGAAGGACUCUCGGUGGGCUCACUGA